AUGGCAGAAAGAAAGCUACAGAAAGUUGAUCAACUUCAACGAUUGGAUCCGAUUAAAGUAGCAGCAAUAGAUUCAACUGGGACCAUUGGUUCAUUCUAUGAUGGAUAUAGGGAUCGGAUACAGAAAGAACUUGCUUGGAACAGCGAAGAUACUGUGACUUCAAUACUUCAAAAGACAGAAUGCAUAUUAAAGAAUGGUAGCAAAUAUCACAAUGGAAAUUUUCUUCACGUAAUUAAUAAACCUGAAGGCUUACAUUUGAGUAUCUUAUCGGGGUUAGUACAUGUUAAAGGGAUUGCUUCACUUGUCAACUAUCCGUAUCCAGUAAAUGAAUAUACACGCUAUUUACUUUAUUCUUAUACAUAUAAAGAAGAACAAGUUUCCGACAAACUAAAACAAUCACGAAAAAUGUCUAAAUCAUUACGAAUCCCAGCGUCAGCUACUCACAUAAUAACUGGUGUCAGUAAAGGAAUUGAUGUUAUUAUAGUUUUACGAUUACCAUCGGAAAGCGAAAUCAUGACAAAAAUCGACGAAGUGCUUCAAAGAAUUUGUUUUCAGUUAAAAAAUGAGGAAACUGCUUUCGAACUCAAUCUCGACGACGAAAAUAUUCUAGGACAAAUAACUGACACUAUGGUUUAUUCUAACAUACCUUCUUUAAUGACACUCUUUACUGUGCGUGAUGCUUGUUUAUACAUUAAUGAACAUAAAAAUGAAAGUAUCUAUCAACCGAUCACGUACAUUCUUCAGUCCAAAAAAUGGUUAUAUACUGGAGAUCUUCAAAUGAAUGCCAAGUUUACUUCUAUUCCUGCAGCGCUAAACACAGACAUUGAGCAAUAUUUAGUAUCGUUAUCUAACACAGUUAAAACUAUAAAACAUCAUCUUGCUUCUUUUUACAAUGCAGUUUCUUAUCAAUACUUUGAAAUUCAGAUACGUGAAAAGCAAUGUAAAUUACAAAAAUUAGAGAAGAUUCACAAUCAAAUUAUUGAACGAAUACAGCAAUGGAUAAUUGACCUACGUAAAGGUCGAACAUCUAAUUCAAAAAAAGAUCAAUUGUUUCAACAUUCAGACCAUGAUGAUUUCCUAAAACAAGCUGCGAGUUUGCAAGAAAAUAUUGAUAUUCUUACAGAAAAAGAACAAUUUAUUAGCAAACUCGCAGAACAACGUUUUGAAUAUUGCAACGCAAUCGAACUUAAUUUAACUAAAAGUAAUUAUAGAAAUAAAUUAAGAACUAAAUUAAAGAAGAAAAAUGAAAACAAUUUAAUUCUCUGUACGAAUGAUAAAUUAAAUAAGAAGAAUGAAGCAAAGUUAAAUAAUCAUUGUGCUCGACUAAGACAAGAUGUUUUAAAUAAUCAAAACGUAUCUCUAACGUAUGCUGAUUUUUCGUAUACUUCUAUUGAACUUCAAGAUAUGGAAAUAAUAACGACACCUGAGACGAAUAAUCGAAACGAUAUUAAAACAAAGAAGAAACCAUCUACUGAACCUACGAAAAGCAAAACUCCUACUUCCACAACACCUGAUAGUAGAAUUAAUAUCCUUCUACUUGGUGAAACUGGAGUUGGAAAAUCAACUUUUAUAAAUGCAUUUGUUAAUUAUCUUAAAUUCAAAACAUUCGAAGACGCUCAAUCGAACACCCCUGUUGUACUUAUACCCGUUUCUUUUCUAAUCACAGUUGGUAAUAAUUUCGAAGAACGUGUAGUCAAGUUUGGAGAUUAUGACACUUCAAACAAUGAAGAUUUCGAACAUCCUGGCGAAUCAGUUACACAACAUUGUAGAACCUAUGAGUUUCAUUUGUCUGGUAGCGAUGAACAAAAAUUAUGUAUUAUUGAUACACCUGGCUUUGGCGAUACCCGUGGCUUAGAUCAGGAUGAUCUCAAUAUGCAAGAUAUUUUAGAAUAUAUUAGUAGUCUUGCACAUUUAAAUGCCGUCUGCUUUCUUCUCAGACCAAAUUCAUCAAAACUUCAUACAUUUUUUCGUAUGUGUUUCAUUCAAUUACUCGAUUUGCUUGGCCCAAAUGUUCAUACAAAUAUUAUUUUUUGUUUUACUAAUGCUCGUUCAACGUUUUAUAGCCCAGGAGAUACAGCUCCGUUGCUUAAAAAUUUACUCAAAUCAUUUUCAAUGAAUGAUAUUCCGUUCAAACGAGAUAAUACAUUCUGUUUUGAUAAUGAAUCAUUUCGUUAUUUAGUUUCUUUACAAGAUGGAAUCGAUUUUAGUAAUGACGAAAAACAUGAUUAUGAAAUGAGUUGGUCAACUUCAGCUAAGGAAUCAAAUCGUCUCAUUGAAUAUAUUCAGACAACCCUUAUUGAAUGUCGAUUGGAUAGCGAAUGGAAAUCGAUCAAGCGCGCUCAAGUUGAAAUCAAUCAUAUGAUUCGUCCCAUGCUACACGUAAUGCAGAAUAUUCUUCGAAAUAAUAUUUUAUAUGAGAUGAAUAUUACGAACAAAUCAAUAGAAAUGCUUCCAAAAGCUAUUCAUCGCCCAGCUAGUAUUUGUCUUUCGUGUGCUUCUUAUCCUAUUCUCGUGGGUAACUUCUGGAUUGCUAAGAAUAUCCCACAUGAAUUUCUUAAGAAAUGCCUUUCUUGUAAUUGCCUUGUUGACAAGCAUAUUCCAAUAAACUACGUAAUUAAUUAUGAAUAUUCGAAUGCACCUGUGCGUACGACGCAAAAAGAAAUGAUACAUAUGGCAAGUCAACUUGCUAUUGUUGGCGCUGAAUUCGAUUAUUUUCUUGUUCGUAUUACUCAUGCGUCGAGAAGCAGUCCGUUUUUAUCUGGUUUAGAGCGAAUCAUAGACGAAGAAAAUAAACUUUGUGAAAGUCAAACAUCAAAUCAUCUGAAUGUAAAGCAAGUCAAAAAUCUGAUAGAAAUUCAAUGUAUAUAUGAAAAAAGAAUGAAAGAUUUGUUGUCGAAUCAACAGUUAACUGAUUUGUCUAAUAUCGAUACACGAAUCGCAACUAUUCGUAAAUAUCCUAUGAUAGAAAAACAACUUGAAAUUAUGAAACAAACACAAGAAAUGAUGACAGAACUAUAUGAAGUAUCUGAAGGCUGA